GGAAUUGGGAAGAGCAGAAAUCAACAGAAGCGAAGAAGAAGAAAAGAAUGGGAAGUACUGAGGAAGAGAGUGCCGUAAAGGAGCCGUUGGAUCUCAUCCGCCUCAGUCUCGACGAGCGCAUCUACGUCAAGCUCCGCCAUGACCGUGAGCUCCGCGGCAAACUUCAUGCAUAUGAUCAGCAUCUGAACAUGAUUCUCGGUGACGUUGAAGAGAUUGUUACAACUGUCGAGAUUGAUGAUGAAACCUAUGAGGAGAUUGUCAGGACAACAAGGCGCACGGUUCCAUUUCUGUUUGUCAGAGGAGAUGGAGUCAUACUGGUUUCACCUCCGCUAAGAACAGCUUGAUAGAUAGACGCUUUCUCCUAUCUUUACUUUCCUUAAUAGUAUGCGGUAUUUGGCACAACUUUUUAUCAUUUGUUGCUUCAGAAAACUGACAUGAUUACAUUAUGAAUGUAAGAGACUAAAAUUUCACAUCCUUUAUUUCGGUACUAAUUGUAGAUUGUCAAUUCUGUAUGUCAAUGAUCCAUUCUAAUUGGUUUCCCGUAAUCAUUCAUGGCUAUUCGCAUAGUUUCCAUUGUCCUAGACAAGUCUAUA